GAGCGCCAUCGCAGAUCGCAAUAUAUACCUUCUUAACACUUGUCCUGCCUCGGGGCGCCGUCUGUCUCUGUGGCUAGAACCCGUCCAACCGUCCAACCGUCCAACCUUCAAAUAACGUCCGGACCCUGCAGCGAACAUGGCUGACGAGAAGAGGCUGUCUGCUCGGCGUAAGCACACCCUGAAGAGCUGCAUGCUGGUGGUCGCCAACAACCUGCUGGAGGCCGAAGCCGGGGUGAAGGCCGACGAGAGGGAGAAGUUCCUGGCCGAGAAAUGUCCUCCUCUGGAGCUGCCCUACUCCAAGGAAGAGCUCACGGAACUUUGCCACAAGCUUCAUGAGCAGAUCGACCUCAGUGAGGAGGAGAGAUACUGCAUCGAGUUCAAACUCAACAUGGUGCUGAACGAGGUCAGAGACCUCAACAUUAAGAUCGUGGACCUGCGGGGGAAGUUCAAGAGGCCCCGGCUGAAGAAGGUGCGCAUGUCGGCCGACGCCAUGCUGAAGGCCCUGCUGGGCUCCAAACACACCGUCAACAUGGACCUGAGGGCCAACCUGAAGCAGGUCAAGAAGGAGGUGAAAGAGGAGGACAAGCAGCUCCGUGACGUUGGAGACUGGCGCAAGAACGUGGAGGACAAGUCUGACCGGAAGAAGAUGUUUGACAGUUAGAUGAGAUCAGAAUGUUCCUGCAGGCUGAGUUCUCCUCUCAAAGUGCUGCUCGUCCACCUCCAGCUGGACUGCUUUGAAAAGUGUGUGAAUCUGUAGAUGCUGGAAAAGUUGUUCUGAGACAGAAGGAGGAGCAGGAAGGUGUGGAGAACGCUGGAACCUCUGGACCAGUCACUUUGGAGGACAACUCAGUCUAAGCUGCCUUCUACUUCUACUCUACUUCUACUCUACGUCUACUUCUACUUCUACUUCUACUCCUGCUUCUCCUGCCUUUCGUCCUGCCUCUCCUCAGCUGGGGGUGCCUGUACCGUACUGUACAGGCUACAGGGAGCUAGUUUCUCCUGCAGAAGUCUUUCUGCUCUGCGUGUCGACUGAUGUGUGUUCCUGUAGAGAGCAGCUCUGAUGUAUCAUCUUAUAACAGAGUCCAUGAAAAGCAGCUGAUAGAUGACUGCUCAGCUCCACGCCUGUCCUCAAGCUGUAUCUGUGACUCGCAGGACACUUCCCUCUGGCCGGGACUAACGUGAGCCUGUCGGUAACGGAAUCAGCUGAUUGGAGUGUUGGAAGCUUCCACUCACUGUCGUCCUCGACCCUUUUCACGUCUGUACAACAAAAACCGUCUGUCGCAUUAAAUUCAAGCGCUUC